GAUCACCUGCUCCCCGUACACACAAAAACACACACAUACACACAACUUUAUGACAAUGUUCCAGCACAGCAGCAGCAACAGCAACAAGAAAUGCUUCACCAUCGAGUCUCUGGUCGGGAAGGAGGCCAGCGGCCACGGCGGCAGUUCUGGUGAUGAACUCAUCCGGCCCACGGCUCUCCGCUUCCCAGAGCCCUUACACCCAGUCACGGCUGCGGCGGCGGCCCCCCCCCCCCCCGCCGGGAACCUCCGGCCCCCGCUCCCCGGGGGGGGCAGGACUCUGUACUCCACGGGACCAGAGGUUCUGCUCCACGAGCCCGGGACUCACACGCAGCAGAGCGGCGGACUGCCGCUGCACCCGCUGCAGAUUCCGCCGCCGCAGAGUUUCUUCAGUGCGCAACAGCGCGAUGCCCUCAGCUUCUACCCGUGGCUGCUGAGGAGCCGAUACCUGGGACACCGAUACCAAGGUGAAGAUGCCAGUCCAGAGAACCUUCUGCUUCACGGUCCAUUUUCCAGGAAACCCAAACGGAUCAGAACGGCAUUUUCUCCAUCACAGCUGCUGCGUCUAGAACGAGCGUUUGACAAGAAUCACUACGUGGUCGGUGCGGAGAGGAAGCAGUUGGCCAGUGGGCUUUGUCUAACAGAGACGCAGGUGAAGGUGUGGUUUCAGAACCGCAGGACGAAGCACAAGCGUCAAAAGUUGGAGGAAGAGUCUCCAGAGGCUCAGCAGAAGAGGAAGGGCGGUCAGCACAUCAGCCGCUGGAGAGCUGCAACACAGCAGGGGGCCAGCAGUGAGGACGUGGACGUCAUCAGUGAAGACUAGACUGCAGAUAACACAUGUGUGUGCAAACACACUGAUGUUGUCCACAAAGGCAUCACACAAACUACUGACGAUGGAGGAAAAAAAAACAACCUUGUCACGUGAGUGGACAGCAAAAAUGACUGACCCACUGUUGGACUGAAGAGAAAACAGAACGGGGAAAAGAAAGAACAGCUGUUGACUAAAAUUUAAAAGUCGAACUUUGGUGCCAAACAAAUCCAACAAACUGAAAAACUGCUGAGAAGAGCGUUUUCUCUGCUGCUGUCGUUCCAACAGAGAACUACGUCUGACCAGAACUCUGUAAGAGUAUGAGCUGCUCUGCACGCCCACGUCAGCAUUGACUGAGUGUUGUUUUCCUCUGUGUCAGAUGCAGAAAAGUGGAGAACUUUAAUAAUUAACUUUAAAUCACGUUUGUUUUCAUUUCAACAUUUUUAUUAUUAUUAUUUUUUAAACCUAAGCAAUGUUUGAUGUGUUCUAAAAUAAAAGCGCCUAUUAUCUUCGCCUCAUCAACACAGUGUUUCCUGAUGGAACACUCCCUGACAAAACUAUCUUUAUUUAUGAAAAAAAAGUUCAGUCAGUCAGUGACUCCUGCCCCUCUACCUCCACCAACACAAAUCUGUAGUUUAUUAUGUAUGGGCUCAAACCAACAGUGGAACCCCAGAUCCUCAGUAUGUUCCUGAACCAACACGUUCAGAUUCAGGAACAAAAACAUUUAUUUUAUUUUAUUUCUGAAAUUCAAAUCAGAAAAGCAUUCAAUGGGCAAUUGUUUUGUGCAUGAUUUUUGGAGAUAAAAAUCCUUAAUCACCUGAAGACAUGAGCAUGUCAAUAAUUUUCUUUCACCGACGGGAAAAUAACAUUAGAAGCGAAACAGUUUAAUUCACACUUACAUGGGGAACAACACAGAGUACUGUGUGGUUUAAUUUAAAUCAGUUGUAAAACUGAUAUGCGACACAGAAAAAAUAUAAAGUCCAUAAAAUUUACCUUUCGUUGAAUAA